GGGCCCGGCGCGCAGGCGCAGUGCGGCGCUGGGCGCUGGGCUGGGAUUUAAAGGGCCAGGAGCGGCCCGGCCUGCGCUGUCCCCGGAGCCUGCGGCCGGCUGCCCCCGCCCGGGAAGAUGGUGUGCGGCGGCGGCUUCGCCUGCUCCCGCAACGCGCUCUGCGCCCUCAACGUGGUCUACGUGCUGGUUGGGUUGCUGCUGAUCGGCGUGGCUGCCUGGGGGAAAAGCUUUGGCAUUGUCUCCAGCAUCCACAUCAUCGGCGGAGUCAUCGCCGUGGGCGUCUUCCUGCUGCUCAUUGCCAUCGUGGGACUCAUCGGGGCUAUCCACCACCACCAAGUCAUGCUCUUCUUCUACAUGGUCAUUUUGGGGCUCGUCUUUCUCUUCCAGUUGGGAGUCUCCUGUUCGUGUCUGGCCCUUAACACAAGCAGAGAGGAGAGUCUCUUCCGCGCCACCUGGGACAUCCUGAGCAACAAGACCCGCAACGAGAUCGAGGUGAAUCUGAACUGCUGCGGGCUGCUAAACAACACCAAUGACCCUGUCGCCAUCAGGACGUUCCAGAUGGACUACAACCUCUGCACAGCUAUGUGUAAGGACAACACGACCACGGGCCACGGGCCCAGCUGUCCCAAGUGCGGGGAGAAGAUGCUGAAGCAUUCGGACGAGGCCCUGAAAAUCCUCGGGGGAGUCGGACUUUUCUUCAGCUUCACGGAGAUCCUCGGAGUCUUGCUAGCCAUGCGCUACAGAAACCAGAAAGACCCUAGAGCAAAUCCCAGUGCCUUCUUAUAGACCGUCCACCCCCCCACCCUUUCCCCUCCCCAGUUGCUUGUACCUUAGCCCUGAGAAUCCAUCUCCCUUCACUGCUCGGAAGGAAAGCGACACCUGCAUCUGCCCCCCUUCCCACUGCCGUGUUACCAAAGCGCCGAGCGGAUGAAACGGCAGCUGCACGGCUCCAUCCUUGAUAUGAAGCCUUUGGCAAGCGGCGGGUGGGAGUGGCGUGGGGUGGGGAGCCCCGCGAGACCGUUCUCGUGCUGCGAGAGCCCGGGCUCAGCCGUGCCAGAGCCAGGCAGCCACGCUGAGCGCUGGGCACGGCUAGGAGCAUGCCGCUGCUAACCUGUCGUUGGUGCCCUGCUCCGACCAGUUCCCUGGCUCUGUUCCUGGUACGUAGCCAAACACGGAGAAGCGUGUUGCCCUGCUGAGACCGGUCAUGGCAGCCUGGCCAGGAACAAACUCCAGGGCUGUAUUUACCCUUGUGGAAACUCACCUAGCUGCAGCUGCGCUGACCCGACAAGGAGAGGACGGGACCUGCGCAGCUUAGAGACCGCGGAGCCAGAGCCAAAUGCCAGGGCCCCAUCAUCUAGGAAGUUAGUUACGUUCCUUUAAGGGGUGGGCAGGGGGCUUUGUCUCUGAUCUGUAUUAAUCCAAAAGGAGAAUGUACAGCCUCUCACGGGGUUAACUGCCCUGAAGAUGUUCAUGUGACUGGGGGGAUCUAACAGGUACCAGCGUGCUGGUGCGUAGCAGGAAAUUUGGCAUUUUUAUCCUUCGAAUAAGUAGAAUUUUAAUAGCCAGGCUGUAGCCUUUCAGCAGGUGGCACCUGCUCCCGCUUCCUCUUGCCCUACCUAAGGGCUUUGCAGGAACAUUUCUGAGCCUUGGACCAGCUCCUCAGCCCCCUGCAAAAGCAUCUUUCAAAGCCUCUGACCUCCAUGUCCAUGGCUCACCCCCAGCUGCCCGACCCUAACCUCCCUGGGGCAGUAGAGACCAGCCGCCUCCUUGGAAUGGCGAGAGCGGCCGAGCUGGAGUCCCAUCCUCCUCCGCUGAGCUGCUGCGCUGUCAUAAGGGGAUCGGCCUGCUGCAGAGGACCCAUCCCCCGCCCAGGUGAUCUCUGCAGGGCAAUUCCCUGCCUUUUGCAGGGCCGGCUGGGAUCUCUUUGCCAGCCCCCGGCUGUGGCUUCUUUGGUUUUUGCUGCACCCCUUGCCUGAGACCUUAGCCCCACAGCCAGACACAGCUUGGCCGAUGCCUUCCUUAGAGCGCAGUGCUACACCUCCCUGCAGCAGGGGAGUGUGGCUUUGAGACUGAGUGGGAGGGCUGGGCUGGUCCCACUGUCUCCAAGGGGCAGUGUCUGCCCCUCCCUCUUGGGUCGGACAUGGGGAGUCGGCGCCUGGUGCUGUUACAUGUGUGGCUGGGCAGCGAGGCUCAGCUGGGAAUAGAGCCAGGGCCAAUGGAUUCCCCCCACACUACAGGGACAGACAGUGCUAGCUUGUCACCUUCACCUGAGUUUGCACUGAGUGUCUCCGCCAGCUCCGAUGGCACAGACCAGCCCCCGCUGCAGGCCGCAGCUCUGGGCCAGACCAAGGCCCCCUCCUCCCCAAAGCCCUGGCAGGCUGGGCCAGGCCCUGGCCUCCUCACGCUGCCUUGGGCAGGAAGAGGCGGAACCCAGCUCCCUGGCAAGACAACGCUGGCCCAGCCACCGCUUGGCUGGACCCCGGCUGACAGUAGUGUGGGGCUGGAGGCUCAUCAAAAGAUGCCGGCUGCUCCCCCUCCCCUCGCAUGCAGUAGAGGGCCCAGGCAGAGCUGGGUAACCCCCCCCCCCCGGAGAAGCACCAUCCUUAACCAACACUGGAUAGUUUUGAUUCUUCUUCCCGCCCUGCCUCUGUGAGUCCCCUCACCCCUGUGACUAGUGUGGCUAGAGCCCCGAGGGGCUGCAUGCUAUUUAUUUAUAAGUCUAGCUGGAAACUCUAGGUAUGUUGUAGCAGUAGAAGGUUGUUUUCCCGCAGUGCGACAGAGCCCUCCCUGUACCAGGCUCGGGGCAAGGAGACUGGGGCCUUCUGCAGAACCAGCACAAGCGCCCGAUUCUCCAGCCACCCUUCAUUCAAGGGCCCUCGCCCCAAACUCUGCCCUUCAGCUCUGGGCUAUGCCCCCCCCCGGAGACAGCAGAAUGCUGCUGGCUCCUUUGUCAGUUAACCCUUGUAGGGAACUCACGGAGAGUGCCCCCGCCUCAGUGUUAAAUGCACACUG